UUUAGUUGUCACUGUUUAUAUUUAUUCAGAACGGUGGUUUACCAGGAAAUUCAAAGUUUUACUGCUGAAUAGUAUGUUCUAAUAAUGACAUCGGCUUUCCUUCAGUUCAUAGAGGUCGAGAACUUCAAGUCUUAUCGUGGCAAAGUUACGAUAGGACCUCUGAAAAAGUUCUCGGCAGUUAUCGGUCCCAAUGGAUCUGGUAAGUCCAAUUUUAUGGAUGCAAUAAGUUUCGUUAUGGGGGAGAAAACUACCAGUCUGCGAGUACGAAAAUUGAAUGAAUUAAUUCAUGGAGCCUCGAUUGGUCGUCCUGUGGCAAACCGGGCCUGGGUUAUGGCAAAAUUUGUUAUCACGGACAAAGACGGCGAACAAAUCCAGAAAAGUUUCCAACGGUCUGUUAUUGGAUCGUCUUCAGAGUAUCGCAUUAAUGGAAGUGUGGUUGCUACCAAUACCUAUCUUCAAGAACUGGAACAGAUUGGUAUUAAUGUGAAGGCGAAAAAUUUCCUUGUAUUCCAAGGAGCCGUAGAGAGUAUUGCAAUGAAAAACGCUAAAGAACGCACUGCAUUGUUCGAAGAGAUUAGUGGAUCUGGACUGCUGAAGGAAGAGUAUAACAAGUUGAAACAUGAGAUGCAAAUGGCUGAAGAAGAAACGCAAUUCACCUAUCAAAAAAAGAAAGGCAUCGCGGCGGAAAGGAAGGAAGCCAAACUGGAGAAACAAGAAGCUGAUCGUUACGCACGACUAAAGCAGGAAUAUGGCGAAAAGCAGAUUCAAUAUCAACUAUAUAGGUUGUAUCAUAAUGAAAAGGAAAUGAAACGUCUCAAUGAGGAUUUGGAAAGCAAACAGCAAGAGCUGGCUCAAGUAGAAAAGAAAAAGGAAGAGGCCGAUGAGGUUUUGAAGGACAAGAAAAAAGAAGCCGGUAAAAUUGCUCGAGAACUAGCUAAGUUUGAACAAGACAUUCGAGAGGUGGAGAGCGAAAUGAGCAAAAAACAUCCCAUGUUUAUAAAAGCUAAGGAAAAGGUAGCUCACACUAAGAAAAAACUAGAUGGAGCAAUGAAAACACUUGAGCAAGCUCGGAAAGCUGAUGAAGCACAUCAAGCAGAUAUUCGCAAACUGGAGGACGAACUGCGUGCCAUUGAGAAUAAAGUGAAGGUUUUUGAAGAUGAAAUAGCCGGUGAAUCCAAAAAACGUGGAAGUAAUGUACAUUUGGAACAAAACCUUGUUCAGGAAUAUGAUCGCCUGAAACAGAAGGCGGAUGCUACGUCUGGGAAAUAUCUUAUUAAAUUGGACUCAGUUAACAGAGAACAAAAAUCAGACCAAGAUUUAUUGGACAACGAAGCAAACAAGAAAGCUCAAAUUGAGGAAAACUAUAAGAAAUACGAAUCUGAGAAAAAUGAGGCAAUUAAGCGACAAGAAAAGCUUAUUGAUCAUAUUAAGUCAAGCAAGUUGGCACUGGAAGAGCAGAUUCGCCUCAAGCAGGAAUUGAGCCAGGAUGUAGGUUCAUCGAAAGAACGCAUUCUUGAGCUGCAAGCAGAAUUGGACAACGUACGAGAGCAAUUGGGAGAUGCAAAAAUCGAUAAACACGAGGACGCACGCCGUAAGAAAAAACAAGAAGUUGUCGAACUGUUUAAGCAGGAAGUUCCCGGAGUCUACGAUCGUAUGAUUAACAUGUGUCAACCUACCCAUAAGCGCUAUAACGUAGCUGUCACAAAGGUGCUUGGGAAAUACAUGGAAGCCAUCAUUGUCGACACAGAGAAAACCGCCCGACGUUGUAUUCAGAUUCUCAAGGAAAAGAUGCUGGAUGUAGAGACGUUUCUUCCCCUGGAUUAUUUGCAGAAAAAACCACUAAAAGAACGGUUACGAAACAUCGAAGAACCACGUAACGUAAAACUUAUCUACGAUGUUUUGAAAUUUAACCCGCCGCAAAUCGAGCCAGCAGUUUUGUUCGCAACUAAUAAUGCACUGGUUUGCGAAACGCCGGAUGAUGCCAUGAAGGUAGCAUACGAAAUCGAUCGCAGUCGUUAUGAUGCUCUGGCUUUGGAUGGAACAUUCUAUCAAAAGUCGGGUAUUAUUUCUGGUGGAAGUCACGAUCUUGCUCGAAAGGCGAAGCGAUGGGACGAAAAACAUAUGGCGCAAUUGAAAGCACAGAAAGAAAAAAUAACCGAAGAACUGAAAGAGGUUAUGAAGAAAACUCGCCGCCAAGGAGAACUGACAACUGUCGAAAGUCAAAUCCGUGGAUUGGAGAAUCGUCUCAAAUACAGUCAAAACGAUUUGGAUGCUUCGAAGAAGAACAUCAAAGAAUACGAUAAGAAGCUGGAACAGUUGCAGAAGGAAUUGGAUCAAAUAGGGCCAAAAAUUAGCGAAAUCGAACGUCGCAUGCAGCAGCGCGACCAGAAGAUUCAGGAAAUCAAAGAAAACAUGAACAAUGUUGAAGACGACGUUUAUGCUGAGUUCUGUGCUCGGCUUGGUGUUGCCAAUAUUCGUCAAUUUGAAGAGCGUGAGCUAGUGCUGCAACAGGAUAGAGCUAAGAAACGAGCCGAGUACGAACAACAAAUUGAUCGAAUAAACAACAAUCUUGAAUUCGAGAGAUCCAAAGAUACAUCGAAAAACGUCCAGCGUUGGGAACGCGCUGUUCAGGAUGAUGAGGAUUCCCUCGAGACAUUCAAACAAGCUGAAACACGUCAACGCCAAGAAAUCGAAAAGGAUAAGGAGCGGAUCGAGAAGCUUAAAACGGAGAAAAUUUCGAAAAAGACUGCUGUCGAUCAGAUGGAGGAGGAAACCGCCAAGGCUCGUCGAGAUGUCCAGCAACAAGCUAAAGAACUGGCUAGCGUCAACCAACAAAUUUCAGGAAUCGAGGCUAAAAUCGAGACCAUGAAAAACAAACGGCACAAUCUGUUGAUGCAAAGCAAAAUGGACGCCAUUGAAAUUCCGAUGGCUCGCGGGAAUAUGGACGAUAUCGUGCAACAAAACGCGGACAGCCAAUCGGAAACUACUCCACUCAGCACUAUUUACGAACGCGAAAGCAGAAUACAAAUCGAUUACAGUUCGUUGCCGAAAAAUCUCACAAAUCCUUCGGAGCCCGAUCAAGUGAAAAAAGUGGGGGAUAGUCUUGCUCGCGAGCUUCAAUCCAAAUUGGAUACACUGGAAAAAAUUCAAACGCCAAACCUCAAGGCCAUGCAAAAAUUGGACCGCGUAACGGAGAAAAUCCAGAGCACCAAUGAGGAAUUUGAAGCAGCUCGUAAAAAAGCCAAAAAAGCGAAAGCCGCUUUUGAAAAAAUAAAAAAUGAACGCUGCACACUUUUUACCAACUGCUGCAAUCAUAUUUCUGAUGCAAUUGACGGUAUUUACAAGCAAUUGGCUCGCAAUGAAGCAGCACAAGCUUAUCUCGGACCGGAUAAUCCGGAAGAGCCGUAUUUAGAUGGAAUCAAUUACAAUUGUGUAGCACCCGGAAAGCGAUUCCAACCGAUGAGCAAUCUCAGCGGAGGUGAGAAAACCAUCGCUGCACUAGCGCUACUGUUUGCUAUUCACAGUUUCCAGCCGGCUCCAUUUUUCGUGCUGGAUGAAAUCGAUGCAGCUUUGGACAACACAAACAUCGGAAAAGUGGCGUCAUACAUUCGAGAAAAAUGCACCAACUUACAAACCAUAGUAAUUUCACUUAAAGAAGAAUUUUACAGCCAUGCUGAUAUCUUGAUAGGAAUUUGUCCAGAACCAGCCGAAUGCCUCGUUUCGCAAACCCUGAUCUACGAUUUAGAACAGUUUCAUGCGGUUCCAUAAUUGUAUUAUCUAGCUAAAUUGUAAUAUCCGAAACAUUUGUAAACUAUUCAUAAUUAGUGGUACUGAUUUCUGUUCCAAACAAACUUUAAAGUGUACUAAUAUAAAACAGUAAA